AGUUCAAAAUCUCUUCCAACACAAAGCUCACCAAGCCCAGGAAAAAAAAAAGUAAAAAAAGAAAGGGAAGGAGAUAUUGUAAAAAAAAUAUGGCCAAAAUGCUUUCUUUAAUUUUGUGGGUAACUAUGGGCUAUUUUCUAACUGGGCAGGUGGGUGCAAUGACACACAUUGUUGGAGGAAGCUUUGGUUGGCGCUUCCCUGCAAAUACUUCCUUUUACCAAGCCUGGGCCAAGCCAAGAAAUUUCACUUCUGGAGACAAACUGAUCUUCUUGUACACUACGGGCUUGCACAACGUGCUAGAGGUUAAAAAGGAAGAUUAUGAUGACUGCACUCAAAACCAUGUGAUCAAAAAGUAUGAUAAUGGACCAGCGAUUUUUGAGGUCACCAAACCUGGUGAUCACUACUUCAUUUGUGGUCUCAAAAAUCAUUGCCAAAAUGGGGAAAGGUUAAAAAUCAGUGUAAUGAAAGGAGGUGAGUCUUCGGGCGGUGGUGGUAUAUAUGGGAUGAUUACCAAGUCUUCGGCCAAUUCAAUACACAAUAGUAUUGGAAUGCUUUCUGGUUUGCUAUUGGUUCUGUUCAAGCUGUUAAUAUAAAAGGAGCUAAGGUUUUGGGCUUCAACUUUGGAGUUGGACAGAAUUUUGAGUGGGUAUUUGAUGCAAGCUGUUAAUACAAAAUCAGCAUGUAACAAUAUAGAAUCAAAAUCAAGUGUCAAUUAAUCUGUGUGUGUGUAAGAUGUGUAUAGAUUAUGUGGUCAUUCACCUUUUUUUUUCCCGACCAAAUUUCUUGUGAGCUGCACAAAGAAAAGUAAUUAA